AUGAUCACUACUGCCGACAUCGACAAGAUUCUAGAGGAUAGCUACAACUACAUGCAAAUACGGAGUACGCCUCCUUCUCACCAUCUGUUGCCCAUGUCUUUUGACGAUGACCCAAACAACAUGGAACCUUUGCCCAUGAGGAGCAGACCAGCACAGCGACAACAUGAUUUCGUUCUCUCCUCUUUCAUGCUGGAACUACUACUGGUACCGAAACAGCCAGAGAACACCAACCUUCGACGAGAAGACCAAUCCGAGGAUACUGUAGAAGAAGAGGAAGAGAAAAAAGCUGGCAUUCGCCUGUUCCAAGAGAAGCAAUGGCAAGCUCACUUCCAAAAGCUUGAACAAUUCAAGCUUCGACAUGGACACUGUUGCGUUCCUCACUCUUAUUCAAGGGAUUCCACUCUCGCUAGAUGGGUCAAGAGACAGAGAUACCAAUACAACAAGAAGGUCAACAACAAGCUCGAUGACACUACGACUUUUUCGACUCGUCGCAUCCAAGAACUCGAAGCUAUUGGUUUUGUAUGGCAUCCGCCUUUGUCCGCGUGA